AUGACUUUGUCCCAGUUCAGUUCAACAGAAACCCUCAGGGAUCCUGGGGUCAUAGGCCAGUCGGUCGACUCAAGCCCUAAUGUCUCGCCUCCGGAUGAGAAACACGUCUCGGUAUCAGCAACACCAGCAGAGUCAACCGAUGUUGAAAGCCAAGUCCUGGAAUCACCACCAUAUCAUGUGUUCACUCGGUCUCGCAAGUUGUGGAUUGUCAUUAUUGUCUCCUUCGCCGCCAUAUUCUCGCCGCUAUCUUCAAACAUCUACUUCCCUGCCCUUACAGACGUUUCAAAUGAACUCAAUAUCUCCAUGUCUUUAGCCACAUUAACCGUCACGAUAUACAUGAUUGUUCAAGGUCUUGCCCCGAGCUUUUGGGGUUCUUUCUCCGAUGUGUUGGGCCGUCGUGUGCUUUUCAUGGGAACAUUUGGUGUAUACAUUGUUUCGAACAUUGCUUUGGCUGUCUCUACCAACUAUGGUGAACUUAUGGCUUUCCGAGCGCUACAGGCUGCUGGAAGUGCAGCCACCAUCUCAAUUGGUGCUGGUGUCAUUGGUGAUAUUACCACUUCUGCAGAGCGAGGCAGUCUGAUUGGAAUCUUUGGUGGUGUUCGCAUGUUGGGCCAGGGAGUUGGACCAGUAUUCGGUGGAAUCCUCUCUCAGUACCUUGGGUUCCGAUCUAUCUUCUGGUUCUUGGUUAUUACAUCUGGAAUCAGUCUUUUCUCUAUCAUGUUCUUCCUCCCUGAAACACUCCGUUCUAUCGCUGGCAACGGUUCGGUUCCCCUCAAAGGCAUCAACAAGCCAAUCAUCUACGCCAUUAGUGGACAGAAAGAUGCACAGGAACACUCGAUACCCUCUGGAAAGAAGGGCAAAGUGACCUUCAAGACCAUGCUGGAACCCCUCACCUUUCUAUUUGAGAAGGAUGUCUUCAUCACCUUGUUUUAUGGAAGCAUUGUGUACACAGUCUGGUCGAUGGUAACUUCUUCGACAUCCGACCUAUUUGAAAAACAAUAUGGCCUGAACUCACUGGAAGUUGGCCUCACUUUCCUCGGCAAUGGGUUUGGAUGCAUGACCGGUUCCUACACCAUCGGAUACCUAAUGGACUUCAACCACAAGCGAACGGAGCGCGAAUACUGCCAGAAGCACAACCUUCCCAUUGACACUCGCAUCAACUUGAAGAGCCACCCCGAUUUCCCCAUCGAGUACGCCCGCAUGCGCAACACUUGGUGGAUCACUGCUAUCUUCAUUGCCUGUGUCGCUGUCUACGGUGUGUCCCUCCGCACACACCUUGCAGUUCCAAUUAUUCUGCAAUUUAUCAUUGCCUAUGGCUCCACCGCUAUCUUCACCAUUAACAGCGCCCUUGUCAUUGACUUGUACCCUGGUGCGAGUGCCAGUGCAACGGCAAUCAACAACCUGAUGAGAUGUCUGAUUGGUGCUGCUGGUGUCGCGGCUGCUCCGUCUAUUAUUGAUGCUCUCACUGCCCAGUUCACAUUUGUCAUGCUCGCUGGCAUUACCCUCGCGAUGGUGCCUCUUCUCAUGGCAGAGACGAAGUGGGGCUAUGGAUGGCGUAUUGAGCGCCAAGAACGCCUUAAGAAGAAGAAUGUCUCAGUUUAA